AGCCAGGUUAGAGGAAUAUCGAUCUCACGCUCUAACUUCAGCAGAAAAAGAAGUAGAAUUGUUUCUAUUUUUGUCUUCAAUCUAAUUUUUCUGUUGAAUUACCAGAUUUGAGGGUGGGAUCUUCCUCAAAAGCGUGUUUUGUCUCUUAUCUGGAUGUUGGAUAGUAAAUCAAAAGACAGGUGCAACUUCUGCUUAUUCACCGAGGAGACCUGCUCACUUCUGGUUUUGGAUCUAUUUCAUGAACAAAGAGGAUCUAUUCUGGCGGACAAAUGUAGAAACUGACUUCCUCCAAGUUAUCUGUAGCACCUUAUUCAUUAUUGACAUGUAGAAAGUGGAAAAGACAGAAUUUUAAGAAACAAGGGAAAGUCUCGAGUAUCAAGAAUGUACAGCCCGAGUGUAUUGGUCCUGGGAGCGCUGAUAAUGAUGGUGGUGGCCAACAACAUGCUGGAUGACUGUUUGAAGUCCGAGCGUAAAUACAUCAUGAAUGUUGUACUGCUGGAAGACAACACGUACGAAUGGAGUCGUCCGUUUGUGGAGGCCGCCGUGAAAGAAGCCAUUGAAGAGGAUAGAAAGGAGAACAUCAAAAAUGGCUUAAACUUCACUUUGACGGCCAACUACAAUGGUUUCAACACCACCGUGUACAACAGGCAGGGCUGUGGGAGCAGCACCUGUGAGGGGGUGGCCAUACUCAAAAAGCUUCAUAGUACUGACGAAGUUGGAUGUAUCAUGCUGGGACCUUCCUGCACUUAUGCCACUUUCCAGUUAGUAGAUCAAGACCUUGGCUUGACCCUGAGCAUUCCCAUCAUCUCUGCCGGGAGCUUUGGUGUCUCCUGUAACUAUAAACCCAACCUGACCCGCAUUCUGCCUCCAGCCCGAAAAGUCUCCGACGCACUUGUGACCUUUAUGAAGCAAAAGCUGGAAUUUAAGGAUGUUUGGAACAAAGUCUACAUCUAUAAGAAGACUGUCAAUUAUACUGAAGACUGCUUCUGGUACAUCAAUGCAUUGGAGGCAGCUUCUCUCAACUUUAGCAGAGAAACAAAUAGAGAGAUGCUACGUAGUGAAUAUGAACUGAACAAGGCCUUGCUUUCUUCAACGAGACACAGCAACAUUUUCAUUUUAUGUGGGAGCGUACUUGACAUUAUUUCGAUACAGGAGAACCACAAAGAAAAACUUCACGAAGACAUCAUGUUUAUUCUCAUCGACCUUUACACUCCUCACUACCAUGUCAACACAACAUCCACUCCGGGUAUGGAAAAAGUGGUGGUUGUCACUCUGCCAGAGAGGAAUUAUCAUGCCCACGGAUCAAAUUUGUCCAGUAACAGCACGAUCAACGACUACGUGGCUGGAUACUACGACGGGGCUCUGCUAUUAGGCAAAGCACUUAGAGAACGGAUGCUCAAGAACACAACGCAGCGAAACAUGGAGACGACUGACGAGCUUCAAAGUGUCCACCCGUUUGGAAACGUUUCUUUUAGUGGUAUGGGAGGACACUACAUGCUUGAUGAGCACGGUGACAGAGAUGUCAACGUCUCCUUCAUUUACACAUCAGCCGACACCGGCAAGUACCAAACCUUGUUGGUGAUCGAUACAUCCCGAAAUAUAACAGUGAUGAAUAAAACGGCCCAGGACCCCACCUUGCCUUGGAGCAAUAAUCGUCUGCCUCGUGAUGAACCUACAAGGUCAAACGCUUUAACUGAUCAGGAUGUGAUUGUGAUUGUUUUGGGUGUCAGUGUCGUGGUGGUAACAGUCAUCGCGCUCAUCUUCUACAGACAGAACAGAAAAGAGCGUCUUAUGCAGAAGAAGUGGUCCCACAUUGAUCCGCACCUGAUUGGUCCUCUGGAUGAGAAGGAGAUAAAUCUCAAGAUUGAUGGAGACAAGAGGAGGGACAGUACGUAUUACACUCAUCGAGGCCUUUACGACAAGAAGCCAGUAAUCUUGAAAGAGCUCAAACACCCAGAUGGGAACUUCAACAAGAAGCAGAAAAUUGAUCUUAAUAUGUUGAUGCACAUUGACUACUACAACCUCACCAAGUUUUAUGGCACCGUGAGUUUCGAGUAUGGCUUGUUCGGCGUGUUUGAGUUGUGUCAGAGAGGCUCCCUCAGGUACAUUCUUAAUGACAGGAUAUCGUACCCUGAUGAAACCUUCCUGGACAUGGAAUUCAAGAUAUCUGUCAUGUAUGACAUUGCAAAGGGCAUGUCGUAUCUUCACUCAAGUAAUAUUCAGGUCCAUGGUCGCCUGAAAUCCACCACCUGCGUUGUGGACAACCGCAUGGUGGUGAAGAUCACAGACUUUGGCUGCAACACCAUCCUGGAGCCGGGCAGAGAUGUGUGGACAGCCCCAGAACACCUUCGCAAAGACGGGGUGUCCCAGAAAGGUGACGUUUACAGCUACAGCAUCAUCGCCCAUGAGAUCAUUUUGAGGGCACCGCCCUUCUACACACAUUCGUGCUCUUCCAAUGCCGAGAAAAUGGACAGGGUGCAGUAUCCCAGAGGUAACAACUUCUUCAGACCUGACUUCACCCUCGAAGGUGCAUCAGACAGAGAGAUUGAGCUAUACAUACUGAUCAAGAACUGCUGGGAUGAAGACCCUGAACGGAGACCAGAUUUCAAAAAAAUAGAAUUAACGCUGGGAAAGAUUUUCAGUAACCUGCACAACCAAGCCACUGAGACGUACAUGGACAACCUGAUCCGCCGUCUGCAGAUGUACUCCAAAACUCUGGAGCACCUGGUGGAGGACAGGACGGCUCUGUACAAAGCUGAGAGGGACCGAGCGGAUCACCUGAACUUCAUGCUGCUGCCCCGCCCAGUGGUGCGGUCCCUGAAGGAGACGGGCAGAGUGGAGCCGGAGCUGUUUGAGGAGGUGACCAUCUACUUCAGCGACAUUGUGGGAUUCACCACGCUCUGCCACUACAGCACGCCCAUGGAGGUGGUCGACAUGCUCAACGAGAUCUACAAGAACUUUGACAGCAUCUUGGACCAUCAUGACGUCUACAAGGUAGAGACGAUAGGAGAUGCGUACAUGGUUGCAUCAGGAUUACCUAAAAGAAAUGGUGACAAGCAUGCCGUGGACAUUGCCCACAUGGCCCUGGACAUCUUGUCAUUUUUGGGGACUUUUGAGUUGCAACAUCUACCUGGAAUCCCUCUCUGGAUCCGUAUUGGAGUGCAUUCAGGUCCGUGUGCAGCAGGAGUGGUUGGAAACAAGAUGCCUCGUUACUGUCUCUUUGGAGACACGGUCAACACAGCCUCACGCAUGGAGUCUACAAGCCAGCCCCUGAGAAUUCAUGUGAGCCAGUCCACCAUCAACAUCCUGGAGAGGACAGAGUGCGAGUUUGAGUUUGAAAAAAGAGGAGAGACGUACCUAAAGGGAAAAGGAAAAGAGAUGACGUACUGGUUAACUGGAACGACUGGAGGGAAAUACAACCUGCAGACACCACCAACAGCGGAGAACUUCCAGCGGCUCCAGCAGGAUCUUGCAGACAUGAUCGUGUCCAGUCUGAAGAAACGUGGAGGAGGAAGAGACAGCUUUAAAAAAAGGAAGACCCUGUCCACCAAAAUCCAUUGCAGAGAAACCAACAACAGCCUGCAGACGGAAAGCCCUCCAGAGUACUUCCACCUGGCCGUCACUGAGAACCCCAGUACCAACAUGUGACUGCAGUGAAGAUAUCUGUAAAAUAGGACUUGUUGAAGAGGUUUGUCACAGACUGAAUCAGUGGGUCUUUUUGUAAAGAAAACGCAGGAGCAGCAAGGGAGAAUGCAGGUGAGACUAAUGUGCUGAUGUUUACCAUCUAAAAUGAAACAGAUUCUUUACAGUAAUGUGUUUCACUGAUCAUCAGUAGGAAAAGCCCCUUUAUACUGAGAUUUGUAAUCCUUUAUGUUGGGGACGCCCUGGUCUCUGCUCUCGCUGCACUGGAGGGAUGACUCUUUGACCAGAUGGAUGUAUUUUAUGAGCAGCAGAGAAGCCGCUCCCUUCUUUUCCUCGAAAAUGACACCGUUCGGGCAGAAGAAUAUUGUGUGGGACUGAUAUAUUUUGACUCAACACUUCACUGUUUCUUGAGUGACACACCUUUUCACAACACAGGAGACGUUUAGGAGAUGUUUGUUAGUUUAAACGGGCUGUGGUGUUAACUGUGUUUGGGGUUGUUAAUCUGAGACAUUUUCAAUUUCCACCAAACUGAAAAUAUUUAGGAAGAUUUAUCUUUUUAAAAGUUUCAAAUAAAAGUGGUAUAGAUUUAAAUGACUCAUAUAUUUUACCCCAAAAUAAUUUGUAACAUGAAGUGACGGUAAUAAUUUGCUUGUAUAACUAGAUAGAUCUUGAGCUUUGAUUAAACAAGAGGGUACUUUUUACGCAAAAAGAUAUCCAGAUGAGGAGUGGAAAUACUGAAUGUACUCUUCUUUACUUUGAAAACACAUUUUCUGUGUAUGUUUCAAUGUUUCUGUUGGAAGCUCAUUGAUUGAAAAGUUUGAAAAUUAUUUACCAUGUAAAUAAGCUUUUUCUGCUGCAAAGACACGUGAACUACAUUCACCCGCAAAACUUUUAUGGGGCACCUUUUAUAGACAUUUUUCCUAUAAUGAAUCUAAAGUAUCGCGAGUGUAUAUGCAGUUGGACAUCUCCAGACAGAGUCUAAAGUACCACUGGAGUAACUCAGCACCACUUUCAUAGUCUUUACUCCAGCCAGGUGAAUCUAAUAACUUGUCCAGUGGGUGUAGAUCUGUGUUGUAGCUCAACAAUGCUACCUUGUUUUCAGAGCAUCUGAAAAUAUCUCUGAUGAUUUAUUUUUUGUGUUUUA